CUGGCAGGACCACCACUAGCGAGGAGCUGGAGGACAUGCUAGAGAGCGGCAACCCAGCCAUCUUCUCCUCUGGGAUCAUUAUGGAUUCAAACAUCACCAAGCAGGCACUGAAUGAGAUUGAGACACGGCACAGCGAGAUCAUCAAACUGGAGAACAGCAUCCGAGAGCUGCACGACAUGUUCAUGGACAUGGCCAUGCUGGUGGAGAGCCAGGGAGAAAUGAUAGACCGCAUCGAGUACAACGUGGAGCAUUCAGUGGACUACGUGGAGCGGGCUGUGUCUGACACCAAAAAAGCAGUGAAGUACCAGAGCAAAGCCAGACGGAAGAAGAUCAUGAUCAUAAUCUGCUGCGUGAUCCUGGGUAUCGUCAUUGCCUCCACCUUCGGCGGCAUUUUCGGCUAG